AAGUCCGCUUACUAUUUAUAGAAGACUGUGCAAAAGCCACAAGAAAAUGGCGGGACAUUUUUCAACAGCAAAUUUUCUUGUAUGUGUAUCAGUGGUUGUGACAAAGAAAACAGAUACAUCCAUCUCUACUAUUGAUUUUAGCGGCAUUAGUUACACUUUCCAAUGUGGAUUUGUAGAAUGCAAAGGAAUUUUGCAAUUUUGUACAGAGGAUGAAACCUGUGGAUAUUGCUCGAGAGAUUUAUGUCUCGGUAGAAAUCCACCCGACCAAUGCCAAAUUCAGUGUAAACUGUAUCAAAGACAAAGAGGUGUUACCAAUGCUUCUAACAUUUUACCAAGAAAGGAAGAAGACGAACAUAUUUGUAUAGAAUCGUCUCUUCUAAUGUUUGGAGGUGUAGCGAUCGCUGUUACGUUUGUUUUGCUGCUGAUCUUUCUUGUUUAUUCGAGAUUGAAUGGUAACAAUGCAACGAUUUUCAACACCAAGAAUCAAUUCAAUCUAUGUUGCAGAUGCAGUUUUCCCCCUGGUAACAAGUAUAGUACGACGUGCACUAACGACAGAGAAGGAGUGACGUCAGUUUUUGUACCAAGUGGGAAUUAGCCAAUCAAAAAUCACAGAAGAAGAUUUUGAUCUUUGUUUUCUGUCGUUAGUAGCUGAUACCAGAAUGUUAGCUAUAAAGCGAUGUAAGAACGCAAGACGACAUGCUUGGUCUAGAAUACCGCCUUCUGGGAUCUAAGCAAAGGAUAUCUACAAUUUAUUAGAACCACUUUUUAGAGAGGAUGGUUGUUUUUUAGUUCCUAAGGUCAAGGUCAAAUUAACCUUAAAAAUUCCUCUGCACGAGGAAUUUUCAAGGCACGUGUUUGACGGAGAAAGAAAUGAAUAAACAUUGAAUGAUCAAAUGUUGGGUCAUUUAUGUCAGUUCAAGGUUCAGACAAUGAGUCAAGAGUCAGAGUGAGUCCAGAAACGUUAUGAAGACGUCAUGAAGACUUAAAAGUUCAUUACAUGAAAUUUACAUCAUACUACAUAGACAUUCUUUAGCGUGUUUAUGUUCUAAUACUUUUUCCCAUGUCAAACGCGGGGAUAAAAAAUGUGGAAAUAUUGAUAAGAUUUUAGGCUAAUUUUUUAGUUAGAAUAAUCGUCAACUAAUUCUAUCAACUAAAAUCCUUGUAUCUAAGAUGCAAAGUCCCUAAUCGUCUGGUGAGCUAGUGUCUGUCAGCAUCUAAAAUAAAGAGGUUGAACAAUAAACAUCUAUUACUAUAUUUGUACCAAAUGUGUUUUGUUUUCUGGUGUUUUGUUUAUUUGUUGAAAAAUUAACUAAUCACUUUUGUAUCUUAACAUUUAAAAUUUUAAAGAAAAUGUAUUGCAGAUAUGACUCAUUUUACAUACGCUUUUACGCAGUGUAGA